AUGGCUAGACUGUACCUACUCCUCUACAAUGGAGCUUCUGCACUGCUCUGGGCAUAUAUCCUAUACCGCUGCCUGAUUGACAUUUCCCAUGGCUACUACCUGUUCCACCCUGGACACGGCACUCCCCACAAAUUUAUGAUUGCAACCCAAUUAUUCAAUUCGUCAUUUGAGUUUCUCCACUCGGUUCUCGGAUUGGUGCCCACGCCAAUACCAACAUUGCUUCUCCAAUCAUUUGCAAGGUUGGUCAUAUUGGUAGGGAUUUGUUUUGUUAUCCCCGAAUCCCCAGCCAACUACAACAUAUAUACAUUUGCCGGGUUGACGUUGGCAUGGUCUAUAACAGAGAUUAUCAGAUAUGGAUUCUAUGUACUCAAAUUGGGUAAGUUCCCAGUGCCUUAUUUCGUCCUCUGGUUGCGUUACUCGGCAUUCUUUGUCUUGUAUCCUUUGGGGCUUGUUUGUGAAAGUGCUACAGUGUACAAUUCCUACCAGGUGGUUGCAACUAGGUUGCCAGGAUAUUCCAAAUUUUUAAAGUACGCUUUGCCAUUGUACCUUCCGGGAUUCUUGUACUUGUACAGUUAUAUGAUCAAACAGCGGAGAAAGGUGUUGACCAGAGAGAAGCAAAAGUUGAUCUAG